GACGGGCCGGGCCGCCUCUGCCGCCGCCGCCGCUUUGUAAGAGGCACAUUGGCAGGUAACGAGCGGCGGCGGCGGCGGCAGCUGGUUCCGAGUCCAGCGAGAACAGCAGCGAUUUUCUAUUUUGUACAUACGUUAUUUUGUAUAUACUGUAUAUGAUGACUUCGGUGAGCAGUGACCGUUCCCGAGGUGCUCGGGAAAAAACACAAAUUUCAGCGACACAGGCAUCACAACUACAGAAACAAGUAGUACAGGCAACAGCCGAACAGAUGCGUCUUGCUCAAGUGAUCUUCGAUAAAAAUGAUUCAGAAUUUGAAGCUAAAGUUAAACAGCUUAUGGAAGUGACGGGGAAAAAUCAGGAUGAAUGCAUAGUGGCCCUACAUGACUGUAAUGGAGAUGUGAACAAAGCUAUCAAUAUAUUGCUGGAAGGGAAUUCAGACACGACUUCAUGGGAGACUGUAGGGGGAAAGAAGAAGAAUUUCGUAAAAGAAAGUUCAGAAAACAAAGAGAAUAGAGAGAAAAGAAAUGAGAGAGAAAUAAAUCGUGGACGUGGAAACAACAACCGAAAAGGAAGAGGUGGCAAUCGUGGGAGAGAGUCUCUUAUGUACAAUUAUGUACAAGAGGUGCUCUUUUCUCCCGUAGUUAGAGGUGAAGAGAAUGGAAUUGAUUGCAACCAAAGGGACAAGCCUUCCGACCGUGGCAAGAGAGCUCGUGGCAGAGGAUUUGGACGUGGAAGAGGUAGAGGGGCAGGAAGAUUUUCAACCCAAGGCAUGGGGACAUUUAAUCCUGCGGACUAUUCAGAUUCUCCAUCUAUAGAUGCCUGUGUUACAAAGCCAGUAGUUUGGGAAGCUACUCAGAAUGGUGCAGAUGAGGGAACUGGAACCUGGAAGAAUUCUGUGGAAGAGUGGACAACAGACGACUGGACUGAAGAUCUUUCUGAAACAAAGGUCUUCACUGCUUCAGCUGUUCCAGCAGAGAAUCAUGUCACACCUGGGCAAAGCAUUGAUCUGGUAGCCUUGCUCCAGAAGCCUGUUCCUCCCAGUCAAGCCUCAGAAGUCAACUCCUUUGAGACUUCCCAACAGCAGGGCUUUGGUCAAGCCCUUGUCUUCACAAAUUCUCAGCACAACAAUCAGAUGGCACCAGGGACUGGCAGCUCCACUGCUGUCAACUCCUAUUCUCCUCAGAGUCUGUCAUCCGUCCUUGGUUCAGGAUUUGGAGAGCUUGCACCUUCCAAAAUGGCAAACAUCACCAGCUCCCAGAUUUUGGACCAAUUGAAAGCUCCAAGUUUGGGCCAGUUUACCACUACCCCAAGUUCACAGCAGAAUAGUACGAGUCCCCCCACAACCAUUUCUUCUUGGGACCUCAAGCCCUCAACUUCCCAGUCCUCAGUCCUUAGUCAUUUUGACUUCAAAUCUCAGCCUGAACCAUCCCCGGUUCUUAGUCAAUUGAGCCAGCGACAGCAGCACCACACUCAGGCCGUUGCUGUUCCUCCUCCUGGGUUGGAGUCCUUUCCUUCCCAGGUAAAACUGCGAGAGUCAACACCCAGAGACAGUACCUCCACUGUGAACAAACUUUUGCAGCUUCCCAGCAUGACUGUAGAAAACAUUGCUGUGACUACCCACCAACCACAGUCUAAACACAUCAAACUACCGAAGCGGCGGAUACCUCCAGCUUCUAAGAUCCCAGCUUCUGCAGUGGAAAUGCCUGGUUCAGCAGAUGUCACAGGAUUAAAUGUUCAGUUUGGCGCCUUGGAAUUUGGAUCAGAACCUUCUCUCUCUGAAUUUGGAUCAGCUGCAAGCAGUGAAAAUAGUAACCAGAUUCCCAUCAGCUUGUAUUCGAAGUCUUUAAGUGAUUCUUUGAGUACCUCUCUACCAGUGACCAGUGCAGUACAGAACUCCACCUAUACAACUUCAGUUAUUACCUCCUCCAGUCUGACCAGCUCAUCACUGAGCUCCACUAGUCCAGUAACGUCUUCCUCCUAUGACCAGAGUUCUGUGCAUAACAGAAUUGCAUACCAAAGCUCUGUGAGUCCAUCAGAGUCCGCUCCAGGAACCAUCACGAAUGGACAUAGUGGUGGUCGAAGUCAGCAGACAAUAGACACUACUUCAUCCGUUCCAGCUCCAAAGACAACAGAUCCUCCCUCCGCCCUCCCGUCUGUGGGCCCCCUGCCCAGCACCACUUCCUGCACUGCGCUUCUGCCCUCUGCGUCUCAGCACACCGCCACUUUGCCCUCCAUGUCCCAGCCUGCUGACCUGUCCAGCAGUCCCCUCUCUCAGCUUAGCAGUUCACUCUCCAGCCAUCAGAGCAGCCUCUCCUCUGCACACGCAACGCUCUCCUCCAGCACAUCACACACACAUGCCAGUGUGGAGAGCUCCCCUUCCCUCCAGUCCUCAGCCACCUUUUCAACGGCAGCAACCUCUGCCUCGGGUGCCACGUCCUCAGGGCUCAGCCUGCCGAGCAGCAUGAACACAGUGAACAGCCUCUGCCUGGGGGGGACCACUGUGAGUGCCCCCAGCAGCAGUACCAGGGCCACGCCCUUGGUGACCUCAGGCAAAGCACCCCCUAACCUGCCCCAGGGAGUACCUCCCCUGCUGCACAACCAGUACCUCGUGGGCCCUGGAGGACUGCUUCCUGCCUAUCCAAUCUAUGGCUAUGACGAGCUCCAGAUGCUGCAGUCACGGCUGCCAAUGGAUUACUAUGGGAUUCCCUUUGCCACGCCCACAGCCCUGGCCAGCCGAGAUGGGAGCCUAGCUAAUAACCCGUAUUCAGGUGAUGUGACAAAGUUUGGCCGAGGUGACUCUGCAUCCCCUGCACCCCCCACCACACUGGCUCAGCCGCAGCAGAGCCAGUCCCAGGCCCACCACACAGCCCAGCAGCCCUUUCUGAAUCCUGCGCUGCCCCCUGGCUACAGCUACACUGGCCUCCCCUACUACACAGGCGUGCCUAGUGCCUUCCAGUAUGGGCCCACGAUGUUUGUCCCUCCGGCCUCAGCCAAGCAGCAUGGUGUGAACCUCAGCACCCCCACCACCCCUUUCCAGCAGGCCGGCGGUUACGGCCAGCAUAGCUACAGCACAGGUUAUGACGACCUGACCCAGGGGACAGCAGCGGGAGAUUACACCAAGGGCGGCUAUGGUGGAUCAUCACAGGGACAAAACAAGUCUGCAGGUUCUGGGCCUGGCAAAGGCGUGUCCGUGUCUUCAAGCACCACCGGCUUACCUGACAUGAGCGGCUCAGUGUACAACAAGACUCAGACUUUUGACAAGCAGGGAUUUCACGCAGGGACUCCUCCACCAUUCAGCCUGCCCUCGGCCUUGGGUUCCACAGGGCCCCUGGCCGCCGGUGCGGCCCCCGGUUAUGCGCCCCCACCGUUCUUGCACAUCCUCCCUGCCCACCAGCAGCCUCACUCACAGCUGCUACACCACCACCUGCCACAGGAUGCCCAGAGUGGCUCGGGUCAGCGCAGCCAGCCCAGCUCCCUGCAGCCCAAGUCGCAAGCCUCCAAGCCCGCCUACGGCAACUCUCCCUACUGGACAAACUGAACCUUUGAAGAGGGGUGGGCUCGGGCGGGGCUUACCCUGGGCAGGAGAGAACACACGGAGCCCAUUUCUGGAAGCCCAGCGCCCUUUCCUAGAAUUCCUGAGACGUGUAACUGUGUUAGCCGAGCCUCUGUGGGGAGCCUGCCUCCCAGACUCGCUAUUGUAUGUAAUGUAUUUAUGUAUGUAUUUGUAAAUGUGAUAGAAGUCUUGGGGGCCUGGGGGGGUACAGCUGCUCCUCUUAGCCAGGUCUGCAAUCCCGACUCGAGCCCCUGCUCGCUGUAGCAAAUACGCCCCUUUCCCACUCUUGCCUUCAGGCCUUCUCUGUGGCCUCCCAGCCCUUGGGCAGCUGGGAGCAGUGUCUGGAAGGGCUGCUUUUAAGGCAGUUUGGGGACUGGGGUCAGGUACCAAUGAAGAAUCACGACUUAUCUCACUCCCUUGUAAGCCAUUAUUUGAGUUUCCUUCCCUGUGUAAUGACUUUAGCCCUCUCUCUUUUUGAGAAACUGGCCCUUGUUGUCAUUUGUCAUGUUCCUCUCCUACCAAAUCUUCAUCUGGGAAUAGCAGAGAUGUCCUUCCUGCUCAACAUGAAAGUGGCACCUGUUUGUCUUCAUACAAACCAGAGGCUUCUGCUUCUGGUCUUGUCCCCAAGAAACUUGCCUUCCUCUGGCUGACCAUUUUUUAAAACCGUCUGAAGUUGUGCUCAGAGAUGUUCAGUCAGUCUGCUCCCUUUAAAAAAAAAAAAAAAAAUCAAAGAUACACCUUCACCUCAGUGAGAGCACGUCUCCAAGCAAAGGCUCCUCUAUUCCAGUUGUCCUGAACCAGGUGGGCGACUGUUUCAGGGGUUUUCUCUUUUGCCCAAUCUCCACCUAAUAAAGUUCUGAGAGCA